AUGUGCGACUCGCCCCAGUCUGCUCAGUUUGACUUAUCAUUAUCGACGUUAUCUUUCGACUCCAUGGUUGAGAUCAGAAACGAAUCGCCAGCAUCCCAGUUCCCCGCCAGCGCGGCGGACAACAGCGAGGAUGGUAAAUACAGACUCGUAUACACCAAGUCCAAGGUGUACGUCAAUCCAACCGCUUUCGCGCGGGAUAACAUCCCCGGCUUCGUCGCGCUUGUGAAGCGGGAGGCUGUAUAUCCCGGCUAUUUAUUGGCCUGGAUUCCAGAAAGCCUACUGAACGAGAAGGGACAGAGUGAGUGGGACAAGUUCACCAGAAUUGAAGAGCACACAGUAGUGGACGAUGAGGAAGAGGAUGCUGUUCUCAUCGAACUCCCUACCCAGCGCCCAGAGUCAUAUGCGUUCUCCGUACCGCUCACGUCUAUCUAUUCGCUCAUCGUUCUUCCGCCUUCCUUGUCUUCAUGGUAUGGAUCGAUCACUAUCAACCUGACCAACGAAUCGACACUUCCAACGCUCCACUUUCAUGACGACGAGUCACGGUCUUUCACAGCAGCAGCGAAGUCCCCUACUGAGAGCCGACCAACUGGGGUUACGUAUCCUCCCCCUCCGUCCGAUUCCACGCCUCCGCCGAGGAAUAGUACUACAUGGGGCGGGGAAGACUUGAUUGCACGUCUCCGCUUCUAUGCUCAAAUCCUUCGCUCGAGUCUGCAGUCCACUUUGUUCCUGGUUGACCCUUCUCGUGAAGACAUAGAGACGCAUUCGACGCAAAUAUUCGCUGAUUCAGCUGUCGAUGACAUCCUCGCGCAGUCAUCAUACACGAACUCGCAUUCCCCUAUCCCGGCCCACCGUAGGCCGCGACCACUAUCCACCCCUCCAAAUUCGUAUUCUCCUCGCGCAUCGAUUCUUCACCGUUCGCUUUCCCCUAUGUCAACUGGGAGCGCAUCACCCUCGCAGGCACGCAUGGCGCUUCUGCAGUCCUUCUCACACAUUACUCGCCACGCCGCCCACGCCGCGCAACAGAUUUUAUCACAUCCACUCGCGAAGCCGAUUGUUCCACAUCUACCUGAUCCUGUGAAGAGUCUCGUCAAUGCCAAUGGUGAAUGGGAGUGGGGCAGCUGGGUGGAGAAGGGCGGCGUGGGCGAAUUUGAGAGCGCUAGGGUGUAUCUUGCGCGAUGGGCCCGCAUCGUGGCGGAGGAAGGCGAGCGUGCCCGAAGGCGAGAAGUCGAGGUGCUACCUCCUUCCUCUGGCUUGGCGGAGGAAGAUUCAUCACUCGGUAUAUUUGAGCUACUCCAGUCGACGUCAAACCUGCCGACGCCGAAGUCGUCGAGGGAUCCACGACAUCCAGUAGAUGAGAAAACGUGGAGUGGCUGGUUCAAUGGCAACGGGACGCCUAAAGUUCGGAAGGAAGAAAUGCGGCAUGAAAUAUUCAGGAGAGGAAUCUCAUCCGAUGCCCUCAGGAAGGAGAUCUGGCCUUUCCUGCUCGACGUUGUCAGUUGGGAUGGGAAUGGCGAAGAGCGUAAGCAGCAGUGGGAGUCCAAGCGAAAAGAAUACCGGUCAUUGAGAGAUCAAUGGUGUGGUGUUCCUGAAGUAUUUAACCGGGAUGACAUUGUCGAUGAACGGCAUCGGAUAGACGUUGACUGCCGCCGUACCGACCGCACACAGCCUCUCUUUGCAGCGACUAGCGAGGACGCAGAAGAUGAGAAAGGGAUGCAUAUGCGUUUCUCCACUAUGUCUCCGCAGAUGUGCGACAUCGGGGCACAGGCGCCGACCAACCAGCACAUCGAGAGAUUGGGAGGGAUACUUCUCACAUAUCACAUAUAUGAGAAGGAACUUGGUUAUGUUCAGGGCAUGUCAGAUCUUUGCGCUCCAAUAUACGUCGUGAUGGGAGGCGAUGAGGAACUGACAUUCUGGUGCUUCGUUGAUGUUAUGAACCGCAUGAAACAUAACUUCCUUCGAGAUCAAAGUGGUAUGAAGAAGCAAUUGUCAACCCUGCAGCAGUUAAUCUCCGUGAUGGAUCCGGAGCUAUAUCGACAUUUAGAGAAAACGGAUGGAUUGAACCUGUUCUUCUGCUUCCGAUGGAUCCUCAUCGCUUUCAAGCGAGAAUUCUCCUUUGAGGACGUCUUGCGUCUCUGGGAGGUGCUAUGGACAGACUAUUACAGCAACAAUUUCUUGCUUUUCGUGGCCCUCGCCGUCUUGGAGUCCCAUCGAGACGUGAUCUUGAGAUAUUUGGUGGAGUUUGACGAGAUCCUCAAGUACUGCAACGAGCUCAGCAUGACGAUCGAGCUCGACAGCACGCUCGCCCAAGCAGAAGUACUUUUCCUGUCUUUCACACAGCUUGUUGCCGACAUGGACCGCCGGGAAGCGGAGGAACAUAAUGCGACCUUUGGCAACUUACGCCGCCGAGGUAUUGGCAACGCUACUGAUCGCACAUCCCAGAUGACUGGACAAGCGUUGGCUAGACGGGUGCUAUUGAGCGAUGAUCUGAGAGAGCUUUUGAAGGCGGGGCGAUAA